UCUGAAGCUCCAACUUGCACAUCCCUCCAUGUCCCUUCUUGGUGGUGUCUGUAGAGGGAGAAGCCCUUGUCAGGAUGGUACCGGCUGAUCUGUGAGUUCCUUGUAGUUCUAGCAUUGACUGAUGGAAGUCUUUAGUCCCAAAUCCCUUCUGUGGUUUCCAUUCUUGAGCUGCUGAUAACCCAAUAUGAAGUGUUUAGGGUUAUCAUAGCAGAAUUAGCCAGUUUUGGGAGAAAGAGGGAAGGAAACAGCUCCAGCCCAAAUCCAAGUAGGGACUGAAACAGGGGAGCAGGGAGUACCGUGUUCAGGGUGGUUCCUAAGUGCCUCCAUUUCUACCCCGUUGCAGUAGCGAGAACAGAAUCAGUGGCACCCACUUAUUUGUUUUCAGAGCAGCAGCUCUUUGUGCUACUGCUUUGAAUGUUCUUAACCAAACUUAGAGGGCAAUACCCCACCCUUCCUCACCUCCUGUGCUAUAGCUGCUUUCUGAGCUGAGGUUUGCCUGCAGCACAGGGGUGCGCACCAAAGCCUAAUUGUAUCUUCUUUUCUCUCCCUUCCCUUAUGCAUCGAUGGAAGCUUCUUCAAGGGCAUGAACAGCAAAGGAGAAAUGUCACACGGAACAGCCACGAGCAGGUGGAUGGCUCUGGUAAUGGAACAGGAGCUAAUGAUGCACCUGUGGCUGAUGCAGCCCCUGCAGAAGAGGGAGCAGAGGAGGAGGCCACUGCAAGUUCAGAUGCCCAGCGAGGAGUUGUUAUAAGGUGUCCGAUUUGCAUGGAUGUUUACUCAGAGAUCAUGGAACAUGGACGACAGCUUGUGGCAACCAUGUGUGGCCAUGUCUUCUGUAGUCGGUGCCUCCCUAUUGCCCUGGAGACUGACGAGCUGUGCCCAACCUGCAGGGUGGACCUCACACUUCAUUAUGACCUGUAUCAUCCCAUUUAUUUAUGA